AUAAACUCCCAGGGAAGCCUCUGAUUGGCUCUGCCAGCUGCGGGGACCAUUGGGAUUGCCUUCCCUGGGUCACGUGGCCCACCCCGUUCCCAAGAAAGGGAGUACUGGGAUUGGCUGCCCCUACGGUCCCUGAAAGGAAAGCUGUGCUUUCCCAGGGUUAGUUAGGAGGACGCGGUGGUUCGACAGCCCUUCAUGGCCUCGUUCACUCUGCGAGGAGUUCAGGGGUCCCACCUGGAGCAGGGGGGAGGGGAGCGGAGCCGGAAGCUUCUGCCCCAGCGGGGCCCGCACGCAGCGCCAUCGGAAAGCGCCGGCUAAUCCGUGCGUUCGCAAGGCACCCCUUCUCAAGGGUGGGGAGACGUGGCCGAUGCCAGCCGGGACGACUGCGGCGCAAUACAAAUCUGCCUCCGGUCGCUCGAGCCACGGUUCUUUCUCUUCCAUCCCCUGGCUGGAGAACGUCCCGGCGCCUCUCACCGAGGUCAGGAACCAGCCGCAGGGGUGGGGCUGCUUCCUCCUCUCUCUUAAGCUCCUCUGAAGUCACAGACAAUGAACCGGCCCAAGAGCUGGGUCUCUGAUCCUCAGGAAAUGCCGAGGAGGGCCAGCUGGAAGAAGCCACAUGGGGGCUUGGACAAAGUAGCCCCUCUUUGCUCACCGUGACCAGAGAAUUCUUGCGUGUGUGCGUGUGUGUGUGUGUGUGUGUGUGUGUGUGUGUGUGUUUAACCCAGCAAAUUCACCACUUAAGAUACAUCUCAGGGAAUUUUUACAUCUAGAUUCACCGGUGUAACCACCACCCAGCCGUGAUGUAAACACAUUUCUGACCCCCAGGACGCCUCCUCCUGGGGGACACCCCCCCUCCCGGGGGUUUCGUCUUGCCUUCAUUUUCAGGCAGGCGCUGCUGUAGUCCCCCCCACCUCCCGCGAGGCAGGGGCACGUCUUUUGCAGGCAAAGAACCUGAGCUCCGAGAGAAGCGUCACCACCCUCACCACCACCACCAAGAACAAAACCGCAGCUUCCCCAGGCGGAGGGAGGCUUUAGGGAAAUUCUUGGCCGGAAAUCAGAGGAGACCUCGUCCCGUCUGUCUGCCAGGCCCUGGCUUGGCUGGUUCGUUCCCGCAGACGUGGAGGAAAAGAUUCCUACCGUGAAGUCAUCAGCCCGCAGGGCUUCCCCACGAAGUCCCUCUUAUUUUCCGCUCCAGGUGACUGAUGGGUAACAAUCCGCCCUUUGCCCGCGCUGGUUUCUCUAGCCUCUGCUGGUGAGGUUUCUGUCUCGUUUCAGAAGCCCAAGCAGGGCCCAGCGCGCUCCCUCAAACACCCAGGCAGAGAGAACGUACAAUGCAGGACGUCCCCUGCGUCCUCUGUCCCGUCCCUGAUUGUGACUUGCCAUGUAUCGUGUGGGUCUGGGACGACCCCGGCUGGCAGCCCCAUGUCCCAGAAACACGGGUGUCGGCUUCCAAGCACGUCUUUUGUCCGGAUGAAGGAAGGCUUGGCGCACAGCAAAUGGACAAGCGAUCGACCCCCACCCCCUACCCACUCCCCGCUCCAGCAGCAAGCACGGGGUGCUUCCAAGAGCCUCCCUCCUGGCAAGCCAAGCGUUACCCCCAUUUGGAGGAGGAGGAAACUGAGGCUCAGAAGCUCAUACAGAUCAGGGCUUCCUAGGUGCCCGGUGUUUAAUAAUUAGACACGACUCCCUUUCGUUGAAGACAAGGAUUCGGAGAAGGAACCUGCUCGCCCGAGACCACACGGCUGCAGUCGCCAAGGGCUGGCUCUGGGACCCGACGUCAGCUGAGUCGGGCUCCGGAGCACAUGGCCAGUGUCUCUGCCCUCUGGCCAGUCUUUUCUCUUGGUCUCUGCUGCUUUGGGGGCACAGCCCAGACGGACACCGCGGUCCCUUCGGGGCAGGCGCCAGGGCGGAGAAGGCACAGGACACUGAGGUUUCCCUCUUGCCCCCCCUCCCCAGGGGACCCCCGAGCAAAGCGAGCGGUGUUGGCGAACCUAAAGGCAAAAGAUUCCUGCCUCUGCUGACGUCCGACUCUCCGUGCCAGCUCAGGUCAUGGGACGGAGCUCGCGUCGGGCCCCGAGCUGACAGCUCACAUCGGGAUUCUCUCUCCCUCUCGCUCUGCUCCAGCCUGCUCCUUCUCGGCGCUCGCUCGCUCUCUCAAAAUCAAUAACUAAACUUAAAAAAAAAAAAAUCAGAGUCACAUCAAGGUAGGUAUGACUGUGGUUCAAGCGUCCAGGCUGAGAGUGGGGACAGAUGGCCCAGUUCUCCUGCCCAACACCUGUGCUGACCCGCGGGGACGGGGACAGACACCAGAGCUAUCGGCCACCUGUGGAUGUCCCGCCAGGCGUCUGUCUUUGUCACACACACCCCCCCCCCAGAAGGCAGGCCCUGCCGGACGCCCCCAUGUUGCAGAUGAAGAGACAGACUAGAACGCGUUUAAGGAUUUGCCAGGGGAGGGGUGUCUGGGGCCGGAGGCUGGACAGGGGACACAGCUCAGCCCUGCGCCUCCCCCAGCAUCUGGCCGCUGAGAGUGGGCGUGUGCUGUGUGCAGACAGGCCUCCUGGCGGGCUCUCCCCGCCUCCUCCAGCUCAUAGAGACACAGCCACACGCGCCUGCUGCGGCCGCCUGCCCCAGAGCUCCCGCCUGCCCAUGGAGAUGCCUGCCCCUGUCCUGGCAUUGGUGAGAGGCCAGGCGCUGCCGGCCUUCCUGCUCUGCAGCACGCUGCUGGUCAUCAAGAUGUACGUGGUGGCCAUCAUCACGGGCCAAGUGAGGCUUCGGAAGAAGGCUUUUGCCAACCCCGAGGAUGCCCUGAGACACGGAGGCCUCCAGUACUGCCGGAGUGACCAGGACGUAGAUCGCUGCCUCAGAGCCCACCGGAAUGACAUGGAGACCAUCUACCCCUUCCUGUUCCUGGGCCUCGUUUACUCCUUCCUGGGGCCUGACCCCUUCAUCGCCCGGAUGCACUUCCUCGUCUUCUUCCUGGGCCGCGUGGUGCACACCGUGGCCUAUCUGGGCAAGCUUCGGGCACCCACCCGCUCCCUGGCCUACACCCUGGCCCAGCUCCCCUGUGCCUCCAUGGCCUUCCAGAUCGUCUGGGAAGCUGCCUGCCACCUGUGACCAGCAGCCGACAACUGCUCAGCCAGCAGACCGCUGGCCGCGAGCCCCCGUGACUGUACCCGGAGGGCGCUGGGCGGCCCUUGGGGAUUGUGCUCAGCCCAGGGACCCGGUUUCUUGGCAACCCACCGAGCGCGGGAUUCUGGGCUCCGCGGGCCUGUGUGUGUUUGCCUACGUGUGUGCACGCGUGUGGGCGGGCGUGCCUCUCGGACUUCUGGGUGGAGUGGCUGCCCGGACCGUGUGGAGAUGGCUUCUCAAGACUGACAGAAAAAUCGUCCCGCUCGAGCACCAGCGCAUUAAAAGCCAUGUUCCUUCUCCGUC